AUGGCGGGGAAGGAGGGCCAGGGUCGCGGGUGUUACUUACACCAGAUCAACAAAUUACUGCGCUUCCAAUGCGGUCUUUGCGAGAGUCAAUCCCCUCCAACGGAUCACAAGGCAAAACGUUUGUUAUCGAACGAUCCGUUUUCGCACCGGCGUCGCGGUAGCACUCUCAAAGUUGUAAUGAGGAAAUUGUUCGGCAUAAAGCGACACAGCAACAACCUGGAUAGUGAGGAAGGUAGUGAAAGUCCAUCGACUGUAAAGCGUCAGCCUUUGGCGACACCUACAGGGCUAAACGGACCGUCGUUUCAGACAGCACAUAAAUCAGACUCUAGUAGUGGACGAUCGGUAUCCAGGCGAAAACAAUCUGUUCCUGCGAGUCAACUCUCGUCCGCAUCAUCGGACCAAAUCGUGACAACAGCUGAAGAUAAAAGAAUCGAGAUUCCAGCUCGCACCGUUAGACGAAGGGCAACACUGCCGAGUCUGAUCCUCACCGAGGACGGUGAUCCUAAGGGGUCAAUUUAUUCCGGCCUUUCUCCUACGAGUACUAGACCUGUGAGUAUGGUCAACGAGAGCCGCGAAGAGAAUGAGCAUCAUGAAGACUACGAGGACUCGAAAUCACAGCCUAGUCUCAGAGCCCACCGCCGAUCGAGGAGUGCUGAUGCCUUAAGAGACCUUGUGCGACAUCAUCGAAUGUCUCCAAUUCAAUGGCGGCGACGUAGUGAUGAAAUCAAAUUUUGGAGAACAAGUGUGCUAGAAAUGGAGGAGCCCCAUGACGAGGGAGAAGCACAACCUAGCAACAGCAACCGAAAACCGAGGAUAGAUUCACUACCAGAGAAUCAGGAACCAAAGAGUGCCAAAGAAGAUAACCUACCCUUAGUGAAUGAACCGACAUCCCCGCCUUUCCAGUUCGAGAAUCUUAUAGCUAGCAUGGCUGACCCCGAUGCUACCGUUGAACAACGACUAACAACAAUCGAAGUUAAACUUAUGGAUUUGGAAUUUGCCAUCUCGAAAAUACAAGGCACAGAUAGCAAUGUCUUUUCCAAGUCUCCAGAAAUCCCAAUGGGACAAAGGAACGCAACGUUAUCUCCAAACUCAGCCGCGAAAUCAUUGAAUGAUGCAUCAUCAAUUGUUAGUGAAGUUUCAACUCAAAGCUCUGCCUCAUUUGGCGGAGGAGAGGAUCGACCUAUCAGUACUGCGACUCUGAGACCGAACAUGGUCUAUUCUCAACCUCCACCAUGGCAAAAUAACUCCUGGUCAUCAAUGAACCUUAACGGAAUCUCAAUCGAGCAAUACAGCGCUCUAGUAACAUUAGUCCGGCGCGAACAAACAGCUCGGAAGGCGCUCGAAAAUCAAGUGACGCAACUACAAGAGGAGAUACAACAAAUUCGACGUGCAUCUGGUCUACCGGCUUCUCCCCCAGGAACAUUAUAUCCUAUCCCUAGCCCAGAUUCUGAUGAUGGGAAGUUUCAACGACGACAUACCGGUUCGUCGAGAAAGGAUUCCAGAACGAGCGCUGAUACGCGAGGUUCCGAUACGAGAACGCAGGACAGUUCAAGAUAUCGGCAUACUAGUGAACUGGCUUCAGGACAUGACUCGAACAUGAUUUAGAGAUCUAGCUACUUUCACAACUCUCUCUGUUCUUUUCUAUUUCACCGAUUGUGGCAUUAAAAUGAUGCACUUUUGAAUUUCUAUUUCCUAUGCGAGUCUUUUUUCUUUUUUCCUUUUUUUU